AUGGGGAGGGGAAGGGUUGAGCUGAAGAGAAUAGAGAACAAAAUAAAUCGACAAGUGACUUUCUCGAAGAGGCGCUGUGGUCUUCUGAAAAAAGCUCAUGAGAUCUCUGUCCUUUGCGAUGCCGAUGUGGGAUUGAUUUUCUUCUCCACCAAAGGAAAGCUCUUUCAAUACCCUACUCAUUCUUGCAUGGAGAGGAUUCUCAUGCGAUAUGAAAGAUAUUCGCAUGAUGAAAGGCAUCCGAAAGAGCCAGACCUUGAAUCACCGGUUAGCUGGAGCUUAGAACAUGCCAAACUUAAGGGAAGAAUGGAGGUUUUGCAGAAAAACCAAAGGCAUUAUAUGGGAGAUGAUUUGGAGAACCUGAGUUUUAAGGAGCUGCAAAACUUGGAACAUCAACUUGAUGCCUCCCUUAAACAUGUUCGAACGCGCAAGAAUCAAGUCAUGAAUGAAUCCAUUUCAGAGCUACAAAAGAAGGACAAGGCAUUGCAGGAGCAAAACAACAUCUUCAAAAAGAAGAUAAAAGAGAGUGAAAAGGAAUUAGCUCAACAAACUCAUCAGGACAUGAAUUUCUCUUCCGUCAAUCGAAGUGAAAUAUACAUACCUUCUGGAAUGAAAAAUGGAGAAAGGGAAGCCACCUCACUUCAAAAUCAGCCAUGUAAUUUAGCAACACCCACGUGGAUGUUACACAAUGCAGAUGGCUAA